AGCUCUGCAUCUCGCCUUUGCUCUCUUCCUCUCCCCGCGGGGUUCUUGCUUGGGUUCAUCACAAAUACGAGCCAGCUACUUUGCGAGCUGUCGUAAUUUGCUUGCACGACCAACAAGACAGGGUAGCUCUCGGCAGGUCGUCAUCUUCAUAUUAAUUGACGCCCUCGCCCAUCCAUUGGAACUGCAAUUGCCGUCGUCUGUGUUGUUUGGGACCUCUGCUCUUCUGCAACAAUGAUGCGUUCUCUUGUUCUCCUGGCGUCCAGCAUCUCGCUGGUCGCUGCAAUUGACCCGGCGCGUCCCCCUCACCAGCCAAAGGGAAACGGCGAGAAGCUCCUCAACUACAACAUCACCACUGACGCUCCCGGCCCUCUCCUCGCCUCGUCCCAGGCCCUGAGCUGGGUUGGUCUCGGUGCGGAUGGCGACUACAUCACCACCGCCGACGACGGAUCCUUCGUCUUCGAGAACGUUGCGACCGGCGAGUCGACAACAUUCCUCUCUGCUGACAAGGUCCCUGAGGACUACUGGGAGUACUGGAUCUCGCCCGACGCGACUCACGUCCUCUGGGCCGUCAACCACACCAAGCAGUACAGGCACUCGUACUUCGCCGACUACGUCAUCUCGAACGUAGAGUCUGGCGAGUCCACGCCCCUCGUUGCCGACUCCGUUGGCGACAUCCAGUACGCCGAAUGGAGCCCCGUCUCCUCUUCGCAGAUUGCCUUUGUCCGAGGCAACGACCUCUACCUCUGGAACGAUGGAGAGAUCACCCAGGUCACCAAGGACGGCGGCCCUGACCAAUUCAACGCCGUCCCCGACUGGGUCUACGAGGAGGAGAUCUACGGCGACCGCUACACUCUCUGGUACUCCCCCGACGGCAAGUACAUCGCCUACCUCAGCUUCAACGAGACUGGCGUCGAGACCUACCGUAUCCCUUAUUACAUGAACGACCAGGAGAUUGCCGAUGUCUACCCCCGCGAGUUGGAGCUCAGGUACCCCAAGGUCGGCACCAAGAACCCCACUGUCCAGUUCAACCUUUUGGACGUUGAGGCGGUUAAGGUUACCAACGUCCCGAUUGACGCCUUCCCCGAGGAUGAUCUCGUCAUCGGCCAGGUCGCAUGGGUCACCGAGGAGCACGGAAAGGUGCUCUACCGCGCCUUCAACCGUGUCCAGGACCAGGAGAAGCACGUCCUCGUCGAUGUCGAGGCCGCUUCCACCAAGGUCGUCCGCGAGCGUGACGGAACUGAUGGAUGGCUCGACGACCUCUUUGCCAUCUCCUACGUCGGUGCCGUCGCCAACGCUACCGGUUACAAGACCAGCAGCGAUACUGAGUACUACGUCGAUCUCUCCGACAAGGAUGGCUGGGCUCACCUCUACCUCUUCCCCGUCGAGGGUGGUGAGGAGAUUGCGCUCACCUCUGGAGAGUUCGAGGUCGCCGCCAUCCUCAAGAUCGACGGCAAGCGUGGAUUGAUCUACUUCACCUCCACCGAGCACCACAGCACCGAGCGUCACGUCUACUCUGUGUCCUACAAGACCCUCGAGAAGAAGGCGCUCGUCGAUGACAAGGUCGCUGCUUACUGGAGCGCUUCUUUCUCCUCCGGUGGCUCGUACUACGUCCUCAACUACCUCGGCCCCAACGUCCCCUACCAGGAGCUCUACGCCAUCAACUCCACCACCCCGCUCAAGACCGUCACCGACAACAAGAAGCUCUGGGACACCCUCGAGGAGUACAACCUCCCCAACAUCACCUACCACGAGCUCAAGCACCCGUCCGGUGUGACCCUCAACGCCAUGCUCCGUCUCCCUCCCAACUUCGACCCCUCCAAGAAGUACCCUGCCAUCCUCAUCCCCUACGGCGGACCCGGCGCCCAGGAGGUCCACAAGCGCUUCAGCGCCCUCAACUUCAAGGCCUACAUCGCCUCCGACCCUGAGCUCGAGUACAUCACCUACACCGUCGACAACCGCGGCACCGGCUUCAAGGGCCGCGAGUUCCGCUCCCUCGCCGCCAAACAGCUCGGCUCCCUCGACGCGGAAGACCAAGUCUGGGCCGCGCACGAGCUCGCCAAGAACUCCUUCGUCGACAGCGACCACAUCGCCUUCUUCGGAUGGUCCUACGGCGGAUACCUCGGCGCCAAAGUCGUCGAGCGCAACGACCCCAUCAUCUCGCUCGCCCUGAUCACCGCCCCCGUCUCCGACUGGCGCUUCUACGACUCCGUCUACACGGAGCGCUACAUGAAGACGCCCGAGCUCAACCCGGACGGCUACAACGUCUCCCGCGUGCACGACUCCACGGGCUUCAAGAACAUCCCCGGCCACGUGCUCAUCCAGCACGGCACCGGCGACGACAACGUGCACUUCCAGAACGGCGCCGCGCUCGUCGACCUCCUGAUGGGCGACCGCGUGACGCCCGAGAAGUUCUCGAACACCUUCUUCACCGACUCCGACCACAGCAUCGUGUACAACAACGGCGGCAAGUACCUCUACCGCCAGCUCAGCGAGAAGCUGUUCGAGGAGAAGAACAGGAAGGUCGACUCCAAGGGCAGCCACCAGUGGAGUAAGAGGAAGGUUGCUGGUGGGGCGACGAUUCCUAGGCUUUGAGUGUGUGGAGAUGUGUGGGGGUGUCGGGGAUGGGGAUAUGUUUUAAUGUCUAUUAGCCUACGUGUUGAAUGAAUGAAAAAUGUACUAUGAAUUCU